AUGGCGACGUUCAGUUUAUUACAAGCCACUCUUCUUUUCUGGGUGGCUCUGGCAGCUGCCCAGGGUUCUGACCUGACAUCUCUCAAACAUAAGGGCUGCUAUUGGUCGAGACCGACGAAUUUUGCUGUCGGUGGAUUUUCGAGGACUGAAGUUCAGCGCCAGAACUGUCUCGAGACAUGUACCCGACGUGGUCAGCAAUGGAUUGCGUUCGGUUCCGUCAAAUGCUUCUGCAGUAAAACCGCCCCGAGUUAUCAUCAAGUAGAUAAUAACCGCUGCAAUGCGCAGUGUGUCGGUAUCCUGGAUGGUGACUGCGUCAAGCAGCCAAGAAACAACUAUGCCUCCCCGGAAGAUGACGAACUUUACGCCGUUUUUUCCAUCCCUUCCAUCGCUAAUGGCGAAGAAAAUCGACUGCCAUCGCAUCACAGACAGGGACUAUCUAUGAAGACAACCGAAUCUAAGCAGCUCGCGACGAACCGAGGCAAGGUUGGCCAGAUCACGGUGCAGGGAUGCUAUUAUAUCUCAACACGUCCAACAACACGGAGGAAGCUGUUCAUUCGAGACGAUGACUCCCGUCGUCAAUGCGCCAAGGUCUGCGCCCAAGAUGGAAAGCCUCUUGCUCUUGUCAGCGGGAACACUUGCUCCUGCGGUUCCAUGUAUCCUGCAACAGAUGCCACUGCUGAUUCUGAUAAGUGCUACAUGCCAUGUUUGAGCGACGGUGAUGAUAGGUGUCAGCGCCAUUCUGAGUACAGCUUUACUCGUCAUGGUCCUUAUACCACCAUUUAUGACACCGGUCUUGGUGUUGAUGUUGACACCGAACCUUCUAUUGCUACCAAGUUACUAAAUUAUGAGAAAACAUCUGCGAAGCACACUGAGCCGAAUGGACAUCCGGGAUAUGCUUGCUACAGCGAAGUCCGCACAGCCAUUACUCAAGUGUUUGUCCGCAAUAGUCCUAUGCUAUGCCAUCGCUUCUGUCAGCUAAAGGGCCGUAUGUAUGCGUUCACCCGAGAUCAGACCUGCUACUGCAGCAACGAGUAUCCCGACAAGAAAGACGAACUUCCAGAUUCUCAAUGUGACGUUCAAUGUCCUGGAACAAACCUUUUCAGCUGUGGUGGCUACAAUGUCGCGUACAGUGUUUACAACCUCGGCCGUGAGAGGAGGCCUGCCAUCAAGCCUAACCCCAUCAGACAAAUUGAGCGAUGCUUCUACGAUAUCCCCAGGACCGCAAGCCGCAUACCCCUAGACGCAGGCGCGGUCUCAAGGCUCCCCUCAUCCUGUAUCGAGUCAUGCAAAGCUGCAGGUAAAGGUGUUGCGUUCAUCAAAGGCUCGCAAUGUCACUGUGCCCAAGGCUAUCCUCGCUCUAGCUCCACAACAGAUCUUCGCGAAUGUCAGAUCCCUUGCGGCGGCGACUCUAAGUUCUCUUGUGGAGGCUUCGCUGUUACUAGAGACACCUUUUCGGCAUACAGGACUGGAUACGCCGGCGGGAGACACCGCAUCCAACACGAAUCCAACAACAUGGACCAUAUACAAAGGCCUUACGAGGAGCCCAGCUUAGGCUAUGUCACAUCGCAUGGCUGCUACAAUAUGCAAUCUGCUACCUUGAGACGCAAGAAGCUUGAAAGCAGGAAUUCCCUUGAACAAUGCGCUCGCUAUUGCCAGCGUGAGGAUAAGCCUGUCGCAGCUGUCCAGCGUGGCUGGUGCUUGUGCUCUGAUACAUAUCCUGCGAAGAGCGCACGGGUUAAUGAUAGUCAGUGUGCGAGCUGGUGUCCCGGCUGGUCCCGUGACGCUUGUGGUGGGAGGAGAACUUGGAGUGUUUUGAACACAGGAAUUAGCACUGACGUGGCUGACGAUGAGAUGAAGACUGAAGAAGUCGAGCGACCUGCUAGGAUACCUAAUCAUCCAGCAGAGAAGGAACUAUCUAAGCUAAAGCCCUAUGGCUGCUUUAGUCUUCCUGACUUCACCUCUUCGUAUCCUCCACGCGUCGAUAUCAGAGGACCUUAUCGAAGCUCCAACGGGGAUUCUUGCAAUCGCCAGUGCACUAUUAAGGGAUGUUCUGUCGCACUUCGCCAUGGCUCUAGAUGCUUCUGUUCCAACAAGGUUCCAGAGGAAACUGCGCGAGUUGCCGACGACAAAUGUUGGUUCACUUCUAUCUUUGACACACGUGAGCAGUGUGGCGGACCAGAUGAUGCUUACUCUGUGUACCGUCUUUAUUAUGACUUGUCGGAGAUGGAGGACAAGGAAGUGUCUAAGGGGGAUAACCCCAGUAACUCUCCUGCGAAGAGGCCACAAUGUCUGCAUCACGGUAUGGAGCGCAUCUACGAGACCUCAUCGUGGGCCAUCACCAAGAUUCGCGAGUUUGCGCAGAACGCCCGAGAAGGCUUGGCUGGAUUUCUUGACAAGGCUCAAAAUGUCUUCGAUGCUUGUCUUUGGAGGGUAAUGGUUACGUUCUCAGAUGUUAUGUAUAGUUUGGGAUGGAGAUCGAGCUCAGGUGAUGUCGAUCUAUAG